GGGCUGGGUCCGAAUAACGAAACGACUCUGUCACAGUCCGGUUCUCUGUGCAGAUCCGAGAUGGACCGACAUCGAGAACCGCUGCAUGUGGACUUAAAGCGCGAACCGGGGCAGCGGAGGGCAGAUGUCCAGCAGCGGGAAGACAAAUGUGAAAAGAGAAGCUCCAGUCUGGACCAGGAGGAGCAAUUCCACAUUAAAGAGGAGCAGGAGCAGCUGUGGAGCAGUGAGAAAGCUGGUAUCACUAAGUUCACCUUCAAUCCUGUCCCUGUGAAGACUGAAGAUGGUAAAAACUUAGAUGUCCAACAGCUGCUGCUGAGGAAAGAAGAGCAGGGAAGGAGCUGGAGUCUGGACCAAGGGCACCCAGAGAAUGAGGAGAACCCAGAGCCGCGACAUAUCAAAGAGGAGCAGGAGGAACUGUGGAGCACUCAGUCAGAACCAGUUUGGAACUUAACCCCAGACAGACAUUUAGAACCAUGUCCUGAGACUUCUGAGUUUUCAGGAUAUAAGAUGGAGGUCUCUGGUGGUGAUAGGCAGGACUGCAGAGAACCUCAGGCUGUUUUAAACUCCCUGAGAAUCAUUGAAGUGCCUGUGAAAAAUGUGAGAUGUUACACUGGCAAGAAAACAUACAGCUGCUCUGAAUGUGGUAAAGUAUUCGGCCGCAGUCCACACUUAAAGAUACACAUGAGGACUCACACUGGAGAGAGACCAUUCAGCUGCUCCUUCUGUGGGAAGAGCUUCGCUCAGAAGGUGAACUUAACGUAUCACAUGUCCGUCCACACCGGCGAGAAACGCUUCAGCUGCCGCUUCUGCAACGAGAGAUUCACUUGGUACACUCAGCUGAAGAGCCAUCAGUGUGAAUGCGAGUUGUCCCGGCUUCCUCAGACCCAAGCUGAGGAUGACAAUGAUGCAGAGAAAGUCUUCAGUUGCUCUGAGUGUGGCAAAAAAUUCAGUCGCAAGCACAACCUGAACAUACACAUGAGGAUCCACACUGGAGAGAGACCAUUCAGCUGUUCUGUUUGCAAGAAGAGCUUCAAACAUGGAGGACACCUGACGCAGCACAUGUCCGUCCACGCAAAGGAGAACCGCUUCAACUGUAGCAUCUGUGACAAGAGGUUCACGUGGCUUUACCAACUCAAACGACACUUGUGUGGUGGGGAGUCGUCUCAAAUGCAUGAACCCCAAGCAAAUCAGGAGGGAGAGAUGUUUGGAGGCCAGAGGGAGGCUGAGAUCAUGUUCAGUCCUGUCCCUGUGAAGAGUGAAGAGGAUGAAGAGAAACCUCAGUCCUCACAGCUUCCACGCAGAAACCCUGUGGGAGGACCAGAACCUGAACUACAAACUGAAGACAGGACUUCAGACUGGAAGGGAACCAGACAGUUUGGGAGUGUCCCUGCAGGUAAUGAAGGAUGUACUCCAGGCAGGAGGUCGUUUAGCUGCUCUGAAUGUGGCAAGAUAUUCGGCCGAAAGGAGCAUCUGCAGACUCAUGCCAGAAUCCACACUGGAGAGAGACCAUUCAGCUGCUCUGAUUGUGGUAAAACAUUUGGGUGUAAGCGGUCGCUGCUGGGUCACAUGACUAGUCACACUGGAGAGAAACCCUUCAGUUGCUCUCAGUGCGGGAAACGAUUUGGCCGCAUGGUCAACCUGAAGACCCAUGAAAGGCUCCACACAGGCGAGCGUCCAUUCAGCUGCCCAUUCUGUGGGAAAGGUUUCACUCAGAAGGUUCACAUGACUCAGCACAUGGCCGUCCACACGGGUGAGAAACAAUUCAGCUGCAGCGUCUGUGACAAGAAGUUCACUUGGCUGUCAGGCUUCAGGCGACACAAGUGUGGCAGUGAGCAGUCAGAGCUAGAUGACAGCCAGACUGAGGAGAACUCAGAGCUAGCGCCAGGUGAGAAACCGUUUCGCUGUGCUGAGUGUGGUAACAGGUUCAAUCAUAAACACAAUCUGAAAGCACACAUGAGGAUUCAUAGCGGAGAGAAACCGUUCAGCUGCUCCAUCUGCAGUAAAGGUUUUAUAGCAAGUGGAGCUCUGAAGAAACACCUGAGGACUCACUCAGGUGAGAAACCCUUCAGCUGCUCCGUCUGUGGCAUCAGGUUUACUCAGGGAGGAAACCUGAAGAGGCACAUGGUGCAGCACACUGGGGAGUCCAGAGAGAAACCCUUUCACUGCUCAGUGUGUGGUAAACGCUUCACACAGGUGUCGAACAUGAAGCGACACAUGACACAACACACAGAAACACUUCAAUCACAGAAGGACGAAACUGUGAACAGUUCAGAACAUAGACUGGAAGAAACGAGCCUGCUGACAUCUGACAGCAAAUCAUUUGACUGCUCAUAGCACCUAUUUUUACUAGUGUGAUAUACAGAAUGUAUUUUUACAAUGAAUUUAAAUGUGUU